AUGUACAAAAAGGGUAUGGAAGUGUUUAGUAUAAUUCUGUGCUUGCUACUGUACAGACGUAACCAAUUGCAAGAAAGAACAAUGUUGCUAGGUGUGUUUAUUUAUGACUACCAACAAUUUCAGAUGAAAUCACUGAUCUUGUUGGUGCUCGCGGUUCUUGGAGCUAAUGCUGCCUCGGUGAAGACGUCCGCUGCGAGGUCUAGCUUCAACGCUGGAUUCAUCGCUGUCGGAGACAGUCUUUUGCAGAGAUCUAUCGUAUACCGGGGCGGUAGGGCCAAUGAGGUCCAAACCGAAACUGUCUCCUUUAACGGCAACAGUACCACAAGGAUCACCGCAGUGCAGGCGCACGAACAAGGAGAAUUCUCCCAGAGGCCGACCGCUUGGAUGAUCUCCGGAGGCAUUGGCCUGAACAAUGUCACUGUUAAAUUCAAAUCCGCUGUUGGAAGAGGAUACUACUACCACCUUAUGGUUUGGGGACGUCCAUAAAUACACGAUUUUUAUAAACGACGUUGGUAAAAUUAAUAUGACGAUUUACUUAAAUGACGCGAGGCAACGGAUUGGCAAUCUCUGUCAAUUUGUUUAGAAAUAAAUUGCUUUGAAUAA